AUGGAGGAGACCACAGAAGACAUUUUUGAGAAUAUGCCCCUUAUUUCACCGACUGUUUCACGGGAGAACAGGGCGAGUUUAGGAGAUGAAGUAGUGGGAAGUCACAUUCAAAGCGAAAUUCAGAAUGAUAUCAUUAGCAACUUAUUGGAGAAAAAAGGACCAAAACAUCAAUGUCUGAAACAUCACCACCAUGUAGAAGAUUUUCAAAGAUGCGAUUCACCAUUUCAUGCUGUUCCAAAGGCUGAGGAGAAGAGAAGAUUGCUGCCCGACAAGUUACCGAAUGUGCAAUGUAUUGCACGGGCUCGUAUCCCAACCACCCAAGGGCCUGAAAUAUUCCUACAUCUUUAUUCUAACGAUGAAGAUGAUAAGGAACACCUGGCUAUUGUUUUUGGUGAAGACAUACGCUCGAGGUCAUUGUAUAAGAAGCGUCAAAAUGAAACACAAAGCGAUCGGAUGAUUAGAGGAGCAUACGUUGGUAAGCUAUAUCCUGGUCGUAGAGACGCCGAUUUUGACAAAAGCACAGGGAUGAAACUGGAAUUUACGGAGAAUGGAGACUUGGUUGUUGAUGGAUCAACUACGUGGGUCAACCCAACUCUAGUGCGUAUCCAUAGUGAAUGUUACACUGGCGAGACCGCCUGGAGUGCCCGCUGCGAUUGCGGAGAACAGUUCGAUGAAGCAGGGAGAUUGAUGGGUCUUGAAGGUCAUGGAUGUAUAGUUUACCUACGCCAAGAGGGUCGUGGUAUUGGACUGGGUGAGAAAUUGAAGGCAUAUAACUUGCAAGAUUUAGGUGCUGAUACCGUUCAGGCCAAUCUACUUCUUCGACACCCUGCUGACAAGCGUAGUUUUGGACUAGCCACUGCUAUUCUGGUAGACUUAGGAUUACUUGAAAUCAACUUACUGACCAACAAUCCAGACAAAAUCAUCGCUGUUGAAGGCAGAGAACGUCAAGUACACGUUCGUGAACGCGUUCCCAUGGUUCCAUUGGCAUGGCAGGGGGAGAACGGAGUCAAAUCAAAGGAAGUUGAAGGAUACUUGCGUACCAAAGUUGAAAAAAUGGGCCACUUAUUAUCAAAGCCACUAUAA